AUGCACGUCCAAUCCCGCCUUGAGCCCGUCCUGGACGAGCUCAAGAUGAAAGGCAUGACGUACGGCAUCCGAUUCUUCAUGGCCUAUCGUCGUAACCAUGCCACCAUUCAGCGUGUCCUUCGAUUCGCAUACAUUGCCUUCAUCCUCCAAAGUCUAACGGCAACUCUGCGAAGUGGGGCCAGGAAGUCCAAAAAGCCCAAACCCGACGCAUCACAGGAUCCAGCAGAAAAGGCGGGAGCCGUCGCAAAGCAGAAUGCAGAGGGGGCUCAGAACACCGCAUCCAAGGCGGCAGAAGAGAUUGACGACUCUUCAUCUCGUGGUCGCGGUGGACGUCGGGGCAAGAAGAGCAGAGGUCCGCGUGUUGAAGUCGAUGCAGUCUUCUUCGAACGAUUGAAACGCAUCCUCCGGAUCGUUGUUCCAGGCUGGCGAUCCAAGGAGGCAGGUCUCUUGAUGCUUCACACCGUCUUCCUGGUGCUUCGAACCAUGCUCUCGCUCUACGUCGCCGAUCUCGACGGUAGGAUUGUAUCCGCACUGGUACGCUCGCAGACACGUCAGUUCAUCACCGGCAUCCUCUGGUGGAUGGCCGUUGCAGUGCCUGCCACGUACACAAACUCGAUGAUCGAGUUCCUCCAGUCCAAGCUGGCACUCUCGUACCGAUCACGACUCACCAAGCGCGUUCACGACGCAUACCUCACCGACAUGACAUUCUACAAGCUCGGCAACCUGGAUGACCGCAUCAAGAACGCCGAUCAGCUCAUCACUGUCGACGUCGCCAAGUUCAGCAAGUCGCUCGCCGAGAUCUACAGCAACUUUGCCAAACCUAUCCUCGACGUCUGCCUUUACAACUUCCAGCUCAGUGGGCGUGUCGGAGCAGAGGCGUUGAUCGGCAUCAACAUGCUUGUUUCUGCAUCUGCCACCCUGCUGCGUAAGCUGACGCCUUCGUUUGGUCAGUACGCCGCUACGGAGCAGCAGCUCGAAGGAGAAUUCCGCUUCAACCACUCGCGUCUCAUCGAGAAUGCCGAAGAGGUGGCGCUGUUCAGAGGACAGGCUGCCGAGCAGAAUGUCAUUGAGCGCGCCUACUUUUCACUCAUCAAGCACGUCAACCGUGUCUACCGCAUCCGCAUCAUCCACGGUAUGACCGAAGAAGGAAUCAUCAAGUGGCUCUGGGGCGCACUCGGUCUUUGCAUCUGCGCCGUACCCGUCUUCGUUCGACUACCCGGCGGUGGCAAGGGCCUGGAUCUGGGAUCGCGAACCGAAUCGUUCGUUACGAAUCGUCGCCUGCUGCUCUCCUCGUCGGAUGCGUUUGGACGUGUCAUGUACUCGUACAAGGAGAUCUCGGAACUGGCUGGAUACACCGCUCGAGUGUCGGAGCUGCUGGAUACGAUGGAUGCGAUCAAGGCGGGCAAGUUCGAAAAGAAGCUCGUCUCUUCGGCAUCCAUCGAGGAGAACGCGCUCGUGCUGCAGGGCAGAGGAACGAUCCAGGAGGACACUUCGAGGUCGGCAGGUGUCGAGUUCCGCGAUGUGCCCAUCGUAAGCCCCAACGGUGACAUCCUGGUGCCCAAGCUCAGCUUCUACGUACAGCCUGGUCAGCAUUUGCUUAUUAUCGGUCCCAAUGGGUGUGGCAAGAGUUCUCUGUUCCGUAUCCUAGGUGGUCUCUGGCCCGUGUACGGAGGUACGGUCAACAAACCACCCACUUCAGAAUUCACCUACAUCCCGCAACGACCCUACCUUUCGCUCGGCACUCUUCGCGAUCAGAUCAUCUACCCUCACACGGCGCAAGAGAUGCGUGCACGCGGCAAGACUGACGAAGACCUGCUCGACAUCCUUCGCGUGCUCCAGAUCGAGCACAUCGUAGCACGCGAGGGAGGCUGGGACGUCCAACGCGAGUGGCGAGAUGCCCUCUCCGGCGGUGACAAACAACGCAUUGCCAUGGCACGACUCUUCUACCACAAACCCAAAUACGCCAUCCUCGACGAAUGCACCUCGGCGGUGACGCUCGAGAUCGAAAAGAUCAUGUACGACCACGCCACCGAACUGGGCAUCACCAUGCUGACGGUUUCGCACCGACCGUCGUUGUGGAAGUACCACAGCUACGUGCUGCAGUACGACGGACAGGGUGGAUAUGUGUUCACGGAGCUGGAUGCAGAGAAGAGGUUGGCAUUGCAGGAGGAGAAGCAGGCGCUGGAGCAGAAGUUGCUGCAGGUCCCGAGGUGGCAGGAGAGACUGGAGGCGUUGAAGGAGGCGAGGAGGGAGAGGAAUCAAGGUAGCCCUGUGGUUGAGAAGGCGAAUCCUGUAGCUGCUGCUUAG